AGUAUGCGCUUACUUAGCUAAUACAUCAAGCUUCCAUUCCGUAUUGACUAUUAAUCUAUUUAUAGUUAGUACACACUUUGAAACCAGUGCAUACCAAUUGGACAUAGUUUACAGCGCCUUACGUAAUUUUUUUACUAACGCGGCGAUAACAAAAUGGACAGCUUAGAUAAUGUCAUUAAAAAUUGUUUAAAUAAAGAUCAAUUAAAGCCAUUCAAUAAAAUAUAUUAUGGAAGAGAAGAUAACUGUGAAUUGAAACUUAAGGAUUCGACGAAGGCUGAUAGUAUCAAAGGUAAUUUCGAAGUCGCGGGAUAUUCUUUUUUAGCAACGAAAGAGGAGCUUAGAAAACCUAAUGUUUUGAGGUUAGGUUUAAUACAACAUUCAAUUGUUUUGCCGACCGAUAAACCGAUAAGCGAACAGAGACAAGCUAUUUUCAACAAAAUUGAGAAAAUUAUCAAAGUAGCAGCGUCCGAAGAUGUUCGUGUUUUAUGUUUACAAGAAACGUGGUCGAUGCCCUUUUUUCUAUGCACAGGGGAGAAAGAAAAAUGGGAAGAAUUUGCGGAACCAGCUAUUAACGGACCAAGCUCGUUAUUCCUUAGUAAGCUAGCAAGAAAAUAUGAAAUGGUGAUCAUAUCUCCGAUACUAGAACGCGAUGACGACGGUAAAUGGUGGAAUACUGCCGUCGUAAUCGAUGAAAACGGUGAUUAUAUGGGCAAACAUCGUAAAAAUCACUUGCCUAGUGUUGGAAGCUAUAGCGAAACACCAUAUUAUAAACCUGGUAACCUUGGUCACCCAGUUUUCGAUACGAAAUAUGGUAAAAUUGCCGUAAACAUCUGUUAUGGACGUCAUCACGCAUUAAACUGGUUGAUGUUUGCUCUUAAUGGAGCACAAAUUGUUUUCAAUCCUGCGGCUACAAUCGGUGAAUUUGGAGAAACUUUUUGGGGAAUCGAAGCUCGUACUGCCGCUAUCGCUAAUCACUACUUCACCUGUAGUAUCAACAGAGUUGGAACGGAAGAGUUUUUUAUAAAUAAUGAUAAAAAAAUUAGAACUUAUUAUGGAUCCAGUUACGUUACUGCUCCUAAUGGGUGCAGAACACCAGGUCUUUCUAAAGACAGAGAUGGUCUUCUUAUUGUUGAACAAGAUCUGAAUUUGUGUCGACAAGUCAGGGAUCAAUGGGGGUUCAAUAUGACUUCUCGUUUAGAUGUAUAUGCUAAAUCUAUUCAUAAAAAUGCUAUGAAAUAAAAUUGUGUUCAUGAAAACGAAUUUUGUAAUCAUUCUUCUUCUAGUUUCUUACAUUUUGUUCAUCCAUAUCUUAUUAAAUAUUAUUUUUUAAUAAUA